UUCUUAUUUGUUUUAUAUUAUAGCAUGUCAAUCUGGCGCGUAGGAACUGGCGAGGAACCACCGCAGGAAUACCUGGAUCUCCUCUAUGGUAAUGAGGAUCCUGACGGUGGUUCCGAUGCCGAUUCAUCGGAUGGGGAAGAGGUGGAGUACCUGGAAGACGAGUAUGAAGAUGAAGAAGAUGAAGUGGAGGCUCCACCAUACUCCCCUCUCACGUCCCCGGAGAGCCGCGAGAGGCGGUCGCGAAUGGUUGGAGAUGAAGUGGAUGAAGUGGAGGCUCCACCAUACUCCCCUCUCACGUCCCCGGAGAUCCGUGAGAGGCGGUCGCGAAUGGACGAUCCAAUAAUGCCUCGACGAGAGUUUCGGGAGAGGUCACGCUCGCCACUAUCAUCUCCGGCAGAACCUGCGGUGCCUGCAGAGCCCCUUGUUCUUCUGUUCGACGAGUUUGGUGCGCUGAUCGGUGACCAGCCGACGGGCGACGAGUUUUUUGCCCCGGAUGCCCACCCAUUGUAUGUAACAGUAGAGCAAGUAGAGCGUGAAAGAGCUUCUAUAGCGUUUAGCAAUAGAAGAGGAACGAGAGGGAGAAGGGGUGGCCGAAGGGGGGUCAGGGGUGUGCGAGGACAGAGUGCACGCAGGGGUGGGUAUCCAAUCAGGGGCCGUAGAGGAGGACGGCAGUGGGAGGUGGGACAACCACUUCACCAAAUAUGGCUGACUGAUGCCGACGUUCCUCCCGAAUUGGUGAGUUUGGCGACGGAUGUAGUGAGGAGACGACAGAGGAGAUUGCAAGGUGAUGCCGUGGUUGAUAGUACCGAACGAGGAAGGGUUGAUAGUGAGAGCGAGGAUGAAUUUGUCGACGCCAAUGAUGGAGGUGAUGCUGACUUUGAGUGGUAUCCUAUGGAUACUUUUCAAGGUCAGGAAGAAAUUUUUCAGCCAGAGCGUACCGGUUCGGUUCAGUUUUUCAAUUCAGCCUACGACGCUUUUCGUUCCUAUUGGACCGAUGAGGUCUUAGGAUUAAUUGUGGCUGAAACGAACCUUUAUGCUACAAAAAUUUCUUCUGCUUCAUUCCAGGCUGAAUGGGUCCCCACAAAUUUGCAUGAAAUUUUAUGCCUUUUUUCGUUCUGGAUGAUGUUGGGGAUCGUCAGAAUGCCAACUGUUACCAGUUGCUUUUCGGUCGAUCCUCUCUUGAAAACGGAAGUUUUCAGGCGCAUCUUCACACGAAAAAGGUAUGAAAUGUUAAAUAGAGCUUUACAUUUUAUAGAUUCCCCCCCCGUUACGGAUAACGAAAAUCCCUCCAACACUGGCGCCAGAAGCUUUGACCGUUUACACCGUUUGAGACCAAUUUUAACACAUUUAAAUUCAACUUUUCAAUCUAAUUAUAUUUUAAAUAAAGACAUUUGUAUUGAUGAAAGCCUUACACUUUGGAAAGGCAGAUUGAAUAUCAAACAGUAUAUUCGGAACAAAGCUUCUAAGUUUGGGAUCAAAACAUUCGAGCUUUGUGAGAGCACCACUGGUUACCUGUGGUCGUUCAUUGUUUACACCGGUAAACAAUCCGCAACAGAUCUGGAGCAGUCGCCCGGAGAGCUUAAAAGCACAGCUGUUGUAAAAAAGCUCAUUGGUCCCCUACUAAACAAAGGGUAUAGAUUGUUUAUGGACAAUUGGUACAAUUCACCCCUAUUAGCUAGGUUUCUGAAACUCAAUGGUACUGACUGCAUUGGUACUUUGAGAGCUUCCCGAAGCGAUGUUCCCACUGUAAUAAAUAAGGCUCCUCUUAAUAAGGGAGAGUACAUCGCCAGGCACUCAGGCGAUGUCACUGUUUUAGCAUGGCAAGACAAGAAACGAAUUACCAUGAUUUCCACUUGUCAUGGUGCAUCUACAGCCUUGCCUACAGUCUCUUCUAGACAAUUGUCGCGUAAAAUACCAUUCAAACCACAAGUCGUUCUGGACUACAAUAAAUUCAUGGGGGGUGUAGAUUUAAAAGAUCAAAUAGAGUACCUGCUCCGUGGUGGAAUGAUAUUUGUGAUAGGGCUGUAAAGGAUUGUAGAGAAGCUUUGGAAAAAUAUAGAAGUAAUUUAAGUAUGGAAAAUUAUAUAAAUUAUAAGAGAUUAGAUGCACUCAAAAAAAGGAUUAUAAAAGAGGAAAAGAGAAAAAGUUGGCAAAAUUUAUGCUCUACAUUUAAUAGAUACACCCCAGUCACGAAUAUUUGGAAUUUUAUCAAAAAAUAUAAGCGUGUAGAUUCUAGCAUACAUAGUAAAUGUGAUAGUUUUGUACCAGAAUUUUUAGACAAAUUUACAAAUGAUGAAGAAUGUGAAAGUUCAUUAGAAGAUAUAUUUAAAAGUAAUAAUGAUAGUGAAUAUUUCAACUUCUUUAUGAAAGAUUUUAGCUGGGAUGAAUUUUAUAGUUCCUUAAUGUCAAGAAGAGAUUCUACUCCUGGACUGGAUAAUUUUCCAUAUUUAAUGAUUAAAAACUUACACAAAAAUGCACAAGCAGUUCUUCUUAAUAUCUAAAAUCACCUAUGGUCCAAACAAGUUAUUCCCGACGAGUGGAAAACUCAGUGUGUUUUGCCCAUUCUGAAAAAAGAUAAGCCAAUCCAUGAUCAUAAUUCUUACCGUCCAAUAUCACUCACUUCAUGCAUUGGAAAAGUUUUUGAAAAUAUGAUAAAAGUUAGGUUAGACUAUUUUACAGAAACUAAUUCAAUAUUACCAGAUUUUCAGUUAGGUUUCCGUAAAGGAAAAAGUACAGUUGAUGGCUUUGUUUCAUUUAUAAAUGAUAUUAAGAAUUCUAUAAUGGCUCAUUCAAAUGCAAUUUGUGUAUUUUUAGAUGUGCAAGGUGCAUAUGAUAAUGUUAAUUUGUCUGUACUUAUUAAGGUUUUAAGUGAAUUGGGGAUUCCUGGUAGGUUUUUAAAUUGGAUAUAUAGAUUCUUAAAUCACCGUCUUGUCUAUGUGAAAUUUAAUGAUAUACUACAUGGUCCAAAAUUUGCACAUAAAGGCUUAAUGCAAGGAGCGAUAUUGUCUCCAAUCCUGUAUAAUUUAUAUACAUCACAAAUUUGUAAAUAUGUAAAAGUAUUAGGUGUUAAUGUUCUACAAUAUGCUGAUGAUAUAGUUAUCUAUUGUAUUAAUCGUCUACUACGCUCGGCCAAUUGUAAUAUUAAUUUAGCUCU